UGUACUUUGAGUACUUUGGUCGCCUGUGCUGCUUUGUUAAAAUUUCUUAAAUAGAAAUAGAAUAUUUUUGUACUUUACUAAUUCAAUCUUCCAUGUACAGAAAAACAAAGACUUGUAAUAAUUGUUUACCUCAAGGUAUAUGUUAAUAAAAACUCAUCGUGUGUUGAAUUAUAAUAAACCAAAAGCAAUAUUACCAGAAUGCCUUAUUAAAAAUAUUCAUAACAAUAUAAAAUAGAAAACGUGGAUCAUGUCAACUAGAAGAGCACGAAUAAAAGCUGUGACAUCGCUACCACAGCGGAGGAAAAAUGCACCUAAAGUUGAAAGUAAGGUCGAAGAACAGCUAAAUAAUGAUCGUGAGAAAGAAUCGAAUAGUCCAAGAGUUCUUCAAAGUAGCGAAGGGGUUGAUAGUUCGCCAGUACGUAAAGUCCAGACACCCGUGAGAGCUCGAAGGACUCCCGUAAUAACUAGUGCUGAGAAAGUGUUCGAACCGGUACGUGUGGUCACUCCAAUCCCAGAAAAGCGCAACACCCCGAAACAACCCGAAAAAGUGUCCGUUAUAACUUCCGCUUCCAGUCUUAGGUCGUUAAUCUUCUCGCCACCUUCUAAAAGGAGUCCGGUGAGAAAACAUGUCCCGUCACCCGUUCGGAAUGCUAAACUCCUUGCAGACAGUGCUGAGAAAUUAUCAGCAACAAAAGAAACUGUUACGAAAACCAAUGAUCAGAGUAAAGAAAAGGACACUCCAAAUGUGAAUAAAGAUAAAACUGUGCCUGAAAAUGUUGAGUUUGAUAAAGUUGUAGAGAAGACACCAAAUGUACCAGAUGACUAUCAAGUGCCCAGUGUACCAGAAAGUAUAAUUGAUGAUCCUAUGGAUGGUAUAGUGCCAUUACAACCCAUCACCACACACAAGCCAAUAGCUAUUCUGAAAAAUGAGAUUAUAUCGGAGAAUGCUGAAGUAUUGUUUGAUCCUAUUGUACCACUGCCAUCACCAAGCAAAGUGAGGCCAAAGUUACGUCCAGCUCCAAGACUUGCACCGCUAAGAAGAAAUAGUGUUCAGGGUAGUGCAAGUGAAUCUGAGGAUGAAAGUCGACGUGCCCUUCUCAACAUAGGUAACGCUACGCCAUCCACUGCUCGGCAAAGGCAUGACUCUCAAACCUCAUUAACUAGCAGAGAAAUUUCUCGAAUCAGAAAUGACUCUAUAUGUUCGAGUGUGAGUCAGACGACCGCUUCGCAAGCGCCUGCCACUUCACCCGUCAAAGAAAAAGUCAAAUCGCGUCGGCAGGAAGUGAGUCGAAAAAUGGCAGCGUUACGACGUCGGAGGGAGACCUUGAAACGAGACGGGCUCACAAUGUACGACCUUAUAUUCUACAACCCAUUGUCGAAACCAUUUAUUCCAGACAAAGACGAAGCGGACGCUAAAGAAACAAACGACAGAGAAGCUGCCAAAGAAUUAGAGAAUGAAGAAGAUAGCGCGGACGAUGACGCACAAGAUGCCGCACCUGUGCCGCAGAUCAAGUUGGGACCGGAUGGCAAAAUCAUCUUGGACGAGCAGAGUUUGGUGAUAAAGCAGUCUGCGAAGCGUCCGGCGCUGUCGCGUGCGGGCGCGUGCGCGGGCGCGUGCGCGGGCGCGCAGCCGUACCGGCGCUCGCGGCGCACGGCGGAGUGGGCCGACGCCGAGACCGUGCGCUUCUACCGCGCGCUCGCCGCCAUCGGCACCGACUUCACACUCAUGGAGCCGCUGUUCCCGGGCCGCACGCGCCGCGACCUCAAGCUCAAGUUCAAAAAAGAAGAGAAGUUGAAUAUCGCUCAAGUGGACAAAGCGAUAAGGUCGGAAGUAGAAUGGGAUGCUUGCCGCCUGAUUGACGAGUUUGCAGAGGAGCGCGCAGAAGAAGCAAGAAGAGAACAGAAGAAGCGAGAACUACUGCAGAAGGAGAAGAAAGAGCAGCAAGAAAGAAAACGCGCCGCUAAAGAGUUCCGCAUUAAACAAAGUAGGAGUGCUAAAAUUAUGGGAACAUCUAUCAUGUCUGUUUCGUUAAACCAAGACCCGAACAUACCGACGACAGCAGACGAACUGAUCGCGCACGCCACGCAAAACAAAAAGCAAAGAAAAAGGAAACCGAAGGACCCAGUCGUGCCGGAGCCCUCCGCCAAAAAGGUUUUGGCUAAAACACCUAUACCGCAAAACCCAACGCCGCCUCUCUCCAAACUAGCUUUGAUUAAGAACACAGUGAAUCCACAGUCGCCAAAACUUGCAGAUAUAUUACCCAGAAUCGCUGCCAAACCCGUCACUCCUAUGGAGCCACAGAGUUCUGCAUUGGCUGUGCCACCUAACGUCGAAAAUGGAUCUCUAGUGGUACUAACGGUCAAUGACCCCAAUUCUCCGACAAAGAAAAUGUUACAAACAUACAUAGCUCGGGGUGCAGGCAGACUCACUCCAGUAAAUUUACCUUCGACGCUGUUGAACUCGGUUGUGGGGUAUGUGACGCGGACUUCGCAAAAAAGUGGUUCGGCGAGGUCAUCGCCACUGCUGACGUCACCGAGCAGUGUUGCCAGCCAUGACAGUAAAGCUCCGUCCACACCUGGACUGGUGCAAAUCAACCCUAGUCCUUCCAAACAGAAACAUAGCUCGUACUCUAUUACACCGCUUUAAUAUAGUUAUAAGUUUUUAGAUAUAGUGAUGUUAGUUAGAUAUUUUUAUGCGCAGAUAUUUAAGACAUUGCGUCAGUGCAGUAAAUACUAAAUAUGAACCUUAUUACCAAUAAAUAUUGCAGUGUUUUAACUAAUUAAAGUUUUGUCACUGCGCCAAAUUCAAAAGGCAAACACUGAUUAAGUUAAUUACUGAUUACAUUUUUAUUGUUAAGAUGCAGGUGUUACACUUAUGAAAUUUUAAGGCAAGUUAUGCACUCAAAGUUUUAUCUGUAACUAAAAUGCAUAUUUUAAUGAAAACCUCAUUUUACUCUUGAUAGUAAGCCAAUAUAAUAUGAAAGCUUACGCGCAUAAUUCUGCUUGGAAGUUGCAAGUUUAAAACUGCAACCUCCAUUCAAUUAACACGUAAGCAACCGUUAAAACUGCUUACGGCUGAUUUCAUUAUACAAUCCUAACAGCUAACUUCAGGUCGUCAGGUAAAAUGGACCAAUCAGAAUAAAGUUUGUCUGAUUUACUUUGAUUGGUUUAUUCUUACUAUUGAUCUAGUUAGGGAUUGCGAUCGUUUAAUACAUCGGAUGUGUAUCGGCGAUCGUGAACAAGACUGCCCUAAUUACUGCACUGAUCCAAUGAUUACAAGGAAAAUGAGUGAUAAAACAUUGAUGUGAUGUUAAACACUGCUAGACGUAGUAGAAGUGAAUUAUAUGCUGUUCGGAUUUCGCCUCAUUAAAUACUUAUUUGUCUAGGCGACUUUUUUAGAAUUAUUUAUAAAUGGAGAACAGACCCUUUCGUUUUCAACUCUUGGUAAUAUCAUGUGCCAAUAAAAUUACGGUUGGGCAAAUAAGAACUGAGGCGAUCUUAUUACCCAUGUGCCUAGUAACGGCUAAUUUCAAAAAACGUUCACAAGUGAUGUCUUCGGAUCGACCGAGGAAUGGACCAAUCAUAUUGAAGUUAGUUCGGCAUUCUUACAAAUGACUCAUUUUCUAACUCAUUGGUUAAUACUCAGGAUAGAUCGGAAGAUAAUGAUUGAGGUCGUUUAUUGACUUCGGUCGUAACACUACAUUAGAUAUUUGCAUCAUUAUCCAUAAUCGAGAAAUAUGUAUACCAAUAAAAUACUCUGUUACAUAUCACUGAAUGCAAGACGAGAAGGAAAAUUCAUAAAUGGUACCGCAUAGGUUACAUAGGUUUUGAAUUAAAAAGCAUCCCAUAACACUGCAAUGUACUUGUCUUCCUCAUGCUAAGUUAAGACUCAGUUUUUGCAGCAAUAUAUUGCGCAAGAGUUUUCAGGUGCGUUUACACUAGCAGCAACUGCGUGUGUGCGUUUACACAUGCGACUUGCUUAAAGUCUUUUAACCUUCAAAAUUUGCAGGAGUCGGCUCCUAUGAUAGUUUACCGUAAAUCAUAACUUACGGAAGUCGACUUCUGUGAGUUUUCUUGCGGAUCUAAACCUUGCUUAAAAUAUUGGUUAAUCAUAUUUCUCGAAAGUUGAACGGUCAAGUAUAAAAAAGUGUAUGUACUAGAUAAACUUAAUAAAACCCAUUGUUUUAAACCAAAUGAAAAUAUUGUUUGCAUUGUUUUAUGUUUUGAGAAAUGCUGUGUGUAUAUUUAUUAUUUUGAUGAAAAGGACAUAUUGCUUAUGCUCGUGGCUUAUCCGCGUUAAGGCAUCUUUCGUGAUAUUGACAGUCUAGAUUUUUGUUCGAAUUAUUCUCUAUGGAACCUGGAUUUAAAAUUUUCAUUCUCAAAAAUAAUAAUUGGCGCCAUAUUGUGUAUUUUAAAACCCAAUGUAAAGGCUACCAAAGCCUUAAUUGAUAACUUUCCUGGGAAAUUUCGCAUAUUCGUUUUGUAAAAUAUCUUUGAAAAAAAUUAUAUCCUUGUUGAGUUUGAUUUCGUUGUUUAACAAAAGAAGUGACUUCUCCAGGAUACUCUGAUCUCAAUUAAAUUAAGCUUGUCUGGUGAAGCUAUAGUUGCUUGUUCGCUUUAUACUUAAGUUAAAAUGUAAUUUGUUCUGUCGUUUGUGUAUUUGAUUAAUUUUUAUGUAAUAAAAUAUCAUAUUGUUUUA